AUUGAACUCUCACCGUAGCAACAGGCCCAAGCGUCGUUGUCGGUCGCACACGUGAGUUUUUCGUUUCGCUCCUCUCGUUAGGACUAGAUUUUCUCAAACAUCAUCGUUAAACGCGUGUUGCAUCAGACAGUUUGCAAAUUCGGAUCCCGUCAACAUGGCCCAGCAGUUCAAAGACAUGGCCAGCAAGCUAGGCAAAGGCGGCAGCCCCAAGGGGCUAGGCCUAGGCAUCAAACUGGUCGCGGCCGCUGCCGGCCUUGGCUACGCGGUCACCCAAUCCGUCUUCACCGUGGACGGUGGCCACCGGGCAAUUAUCUUCAACCGCAUCGGCGGCAUCCAAAAGGACGUCUUCGCCGAGGGCUUACACUUCCGAAUCCCGUGGAUCCAGUACCCCAUCAUCUACGACAUCAGGUCCCGGCCGAGGAAGAUUUCGUCCCCCACGGGUAGCAAGGACCUUCAGAUGGUCAACAUCUCGCUCCGUGUCUUGGCCCGCCCGGACGCGAUCAUGCUUCCAACAGUCUACCGCAUGCUGGGCACCGAUUACGACGAGCGGGUGCUGCCGUCCAUCUGCAACGAAGUCCUGAAGAGCGUCGUGGCCAAGUUCAACGCGUCGCAGCUCAUCACGCAGCGCCAGCAGGUGUCUCUCCUUGUCCGUAGGGAGUUGACAGAGCGCGCCCGUGACUUCAACAUCAUCCUGGACGAUGUGUCCAUCACUGAGCUCAGUUUUGGCAAGGAGUACGCGGCAGCCGUGGAGGCUAAGCAGGUCGCUCAGCAAGAGGCUCAGCGCGCCAUGUUCACCGUGGAGCAAGCGGUCCAGGAAAGGCAGCAGAAGAUCGUUCAUUCAGAGGGUGAGGCCCAGGCAGCCAAGAUGCUGGGGGAGGCCAUCUCCAAGAAUCCGGGGUACCUCAAGCUCCGCAAGAUCAGGGCGGCUCAAAACAUCGCCAGGACGAUCGCGGCCUCCCAGAACAGGGUCUACCUGAACGCCAACUCACUGAUGCUGAACAUUGCUGACAAAGAGUUCGACAUUACCGGUAUCUCGCAUUCGCAAUACAAGAAGUAGGCUUUGGGGGCAACGUCUUUGGGAUACAAAGAGAGUGUAGUUAGAUGUUGCCUUUAAAGUUGAACAGACGGAUGCAUGGAGCCCCUUUUGAUAUGUCUUUGUUGUACCAUACCAGUUCUAGGAGGUGUUGUCGCUAAUGGUCCAAAUGCGCUGAAGAGCACACGUUGAAGGGUGGACAGGUGGGAAUAGUGGAAACUGUGGUACAUUUCCCAUUUAUCAGUUAGCAUUGUUACAAUAAACAUUUUCUCUAUUAUAA